AAGGUGAUAAUAAUGAUAAUUAUGUAAACUAAAUUACAUAUGUAACGGUAACACUUUAAAAUAAUGGUCCGUUGUUAACAAGUAACUAUGCAGAAAGUAAUAGGCAGUACUACAUUAACACUUACCUUAAUACUAUUAACUAAUAUAGAAGCAAGAUUAACUAAGCAAUAAGUAAUAGCUAAUUUAGGACAAAGGUAGUUUCUUAUUUGGUAUUUGAUAAUUACUAAAGAAAAAUGCCAUCAUUGAGAACUACUUGCGAAAUAUGACCAAUUAAUAAAGAAAAAACAAUUAAUUACUAAUCUCAACAUUAACGUACAGUUUAUAAUGCGACAGUGUUUAAUGGCGAUUUUCCACCAACUCGCUCGCCCUUUGGCAGAAUCUGUGCUCGUUAACUUCAGUGUUCAGAUUUCACACAGUUUCGCGUAUGCAGUAGGCUAUAGAAUGGGUAGGCAAUGUAAUUUCUUACCUGCUAAUAAUUUUUAGAGAAAUUUCAGUGACAUGAGAUGAUCCACAAUGCAAAGCUGUGGUCGCGUCACGUGAUUAAAUUCCCGUGCCAGGAAAUCCUUGGUGUUUCAAGUCUUACGAAACAUUUACCCUAACCCACACCCUAACCCUAACCUUACUCCAUCUAAACUACCUAUGUUUGUUAAAAUUGCCAAAAAAACACGGUUGCGUGAUGACAAAUGUGUGAUGUUUUAGUUAUUUUCAGGUUUUAAGUAAGGCAAUGUAAUCGAGCAAAGAGCCCUAAAGUUAUUGGAUAUUGUAGAAAUGUUAGUUGUGUUUAGUUCAUGGCACGUAAUUCCCAGAUAGCAACCAAACCAGCAAAUCGUUGCGGCCCAAAUCCGGCCCACAUACCGCGUGGAAUGAUGGCCCUUGGGCGGCCCGCACCUGUUUGCGAGAUUUGGGCCGCAAAUAUUUGCUCUCUGGGUUGUCAUCCGUCAUAUUUAAAACAGAACAGGAAAAUGCUGACCAGUAACGGUAUCUGUACCAUAUUAUAAAAAUGUAAUGUUCAUGUGUUAAAGGGACAGUUUUAUUUGUCAACGACCUAUAUUGUGUUUGUUUUCUUGGAAAAUAAAAGCAGUCAUAUAAAAAUGGCUGAAUAUCUGAUUUCUAUAAGCGUUAAAGGCCCAGUUUUUGAUUUACAGUGGCCACUGGCGAUGUAUUAUAGAUUUGCAAUGAAUCGCUCAGUCCAAACACGACGGUGGCCACCGUAGUACAAAAAGAUGUCGUUCUCAUGUUGACGCAGGGAAGAGAUCAUACGGGCAUUAGAAAGACUGUAGAAAGAGCGAUGUCAUAUUUAUUACAUAAAAUAAAAGGUCUGUGGAUUUUAAGUAUAAAAAGAAGGAUAAAAGUCAGGCAGGAUCUAGGACCUGCAUUAAUAUUGUAAAGACUUUCCAGCAGAGACGCGUUAAGACCUGCUGUAUUGAGGCUUUUAGCAGAGAUACUCACAGAUAUCUAUGGAGAUACUUUCCAGCAGAGAGACGUUGGAGAGAAAGAUCGUCUUAAAAUCACCCCCGAGGAGGUUGCUUUGAUUCGGAUAAGUAUGCGAGUUACUGUACAUUGGUUUUUCUGUUUGUUAUAACCAAGUUAUGUUGUUGUUCUAAUAUUAGCUGUGUGACGGAGCAGUUUUGAGCGUCAUUGUUUAUCUGGAACCGCUUUAAUAUUGUACUCGUCCAGAUACUGGAGAGAGAGAGAGCGAGUUGGCGCUAAAACUGUAGAGAGAGCGCGUUUUACUCUCUUACUCAAUGAUGAAUAAACUUACAUUUAAUCCACAGGUCACAUGCGUUCCGAACUGUAGAGCACAAUCCGUACGGAUCACGGAUCAUCCGCGAUCCGUUUCACCACUAUACCGCAGGUGUCACGAAACGGGGUGUGAGGCAGAACCCAAGCGCAGGCAGGUGAAGGGUUAAACAAAGACUUUAUUUAAAUAAAACAAAAACCCACGAUGGGGAGAACAAGAUUAAACAAAACUGAACUCAUACUGAAAAACUUCCCACGUGAGGGCAAACAAACAAGGUCCAGAAAAAUGUAAAAAUAAUAAGUCCACAACUCGACAGGGUACACGUUAAUUCCACACAAGACACGAGGCAGGGUACUUGAGUGGGGAAGCACAAGGAGGCAAACAAACAAUGAACCGACACGGGCCAAUGGACAGAAGGGAACUAUAUAGGGACACUAACAAGGAUGUUGAUUCAGGGCAGGUGAAGCGAAUGAACACUAACGGGAAGAUUACACGGGGAAUGUAACACUCAUGGGACAAUGACAAGGGGGCGGGGCCAAAGUACGAGACAAGAAGACACGUGACGCAAUGUCAUAACAAACAGCCAUGUGUCUCCACACAAGACAUAACACACACAGACAAGACAUAACGGUUCAUUAUGUAAGGUCUUUAUACACUUCUGAAGAAAUAGUUUUGUAUAUUAUAUUGCAUUUCUGUCAAUAGAUCCUCCUAAAAACCCCGUAUUGUUCCUUUAAAUAUUAGGAUGAAGUGGAUAGAGUUGUGUUUAUACUUCUAGCUCCACCCCCAUACAUACAGCACUAAAAAAAAAGAAAAAAAAUCCCGACAGUGGACACGUUCCUGGAUUGCAAGACGGGGACAGCAUGGGUUGUCCAUUCUACAGAGAGAACUUGAGUUUCACCUGUAUCCUGUCUAUACUCCCCCGGUGAGUUUCUAAAGAAGAGACAUCAGCGUUUACACAGCGGAAACACGCAGUCACAGAUUGUUGACAAUGAAAAAGAAACGCAGCACCCCUACACAGGACGAGGCCGACGGUUCCUACCCCGUACAACAGUUUGCUAACCUUCCUCAACCAGUUCCAAUGACCAACAUUUACAUCCCACAAGCCACCCCAGGGCCUCAAACUGUCCAGAUUGCAGCUGCACCUGGCGUAGUUCAAACGCCCACAGCCUACACCCCACAACCUGCACAAGUGGCAGUCAUACCUGCACCUGCUUUAACUCCGACAUGCCCGUCUACGGUUGGUGAAGCGUCAGCAGCCGCUCAACCACCCGUACCAGAAACAGUCAAGGGUGCAUCUCCGGUGACACAGACAGACCCGUCUUCAUCCACACCUGCAACAACAGUCCCUCCUCCACCAUAUGAACCAGAACCAGUCCAGUCUGGAGCUGUGUCUGCUGCCGAAACAGUGAAAGGUGCAUUUCCUGGCAAUACACAGGCAAACCCGUCUUCCUCUACGGCUGGUGGAACGUCAGCGGCUGCUGCUCCUCCACCAUAUGAACCACAACCAGUCCAGGGUGCAGCUCCUGUGACUCAGACAGUCCAGUAUCCACCGAUGCCCGGGGCAGUUCCAAUGACCACAGUUUACCCCCCGCCACCUGCACAAGUCAAGGGCGCAUCUCCUAUGAUUCGUACAGUCCAGUAUACAGCUAUGCCAGGCGCACCUUUAGCAACCCAUCCUAUGCAACAUAUGCCUGGUGUAGGCAUGCCCAUUGUCGCUAUGCCCUGCAAAUUGAGUGACGUACCGGGGCAAUCGAGAUGCCCUCACUGCCAGCAACAGAUUGUCACAGAGACAACAUACGUCAACGGCCUGCUCGUCUGGGCCAUCUGCGGCGUUCUUGGCCUUUUUGGUGAGUUUCUAAAGAGGAACAUCAGCCGAAACACACAGGUUAUUCACCGAUGCGAAAUAAACUCCCCGUACCGGCAGUGGUCCAGACCGAUGCUGUCUGCCCUGUCCCGCAGCUCACUUACCCACCUCAACCAGAUAAUUACCCCCAACAAACUAGAGACUCAUCAACAUCCUAUGAAACUCAUCCAUUCUCAUCUAAGGGUGGUGAAGAUAAUCCACAUUCCCAAUCAAUCACAUCCCAAUCGGUCGGAAUGAAAACAUUCAAGCCUACGUGUAAUAUAACUCAGACACUCACUUCCACAGAUGUACAGGGCACAGCAUCAGCUUCUCCACCUCCGUACAGUGCAGUGCCCCAGUACACCUCACCACAGUACAAUCCACAACUGCUCCAGCAACAACACGGACACG